AUGUAACAAGGGCAAAAGAUACUUCCAAACUUGUGGACCAUUUGAGUGAAAACCUCCUCCUCUAACAAUUUAGGAUUCUUCUUCUAUUCUAAUCUUCCAAAAUCAGAAUUGAGAUACAGAGAAUUUUCAGCAAGGAAGAGGGAUUGCGAUUGUGAUUCUGAUUCAUGGAUGUGUAUUCAUGGUUCCGACGAAGUCUCUCUAGAACUACUGCUACUACGACCACCGCUGUUACUGCUCAACCUAACGUUGAGGAGGAGGAGCUACUCUACGGCCUCACUGACCAAUUACUCGAUUUUAUCAAAUCCUUCUCCAUUGAUACCUUUCGCAACUUCUCUCUCCCAGAUGAGGAGGAUGGUAACAACGACGGCGGUGGAGAUAAUGUACGGAAAGAUCUAUCUGAUUGGCAACAGCGUCAUGCUUUGCUUGUUCUUUCCAAACUCAAGGAACUCUCACAACUGAGGUUCAAAUUAUGUCCACGUUAUUUGAAGGAGCACCAGUUUUGGGCGAUAUAUUUUGCACUUGUUAAGGGUUAUAUUGCCAAAUAUGAGCUACGUGCUAUACAAUUAGAUACACUCAAACAGAUAAGAAUGGAAAAUGAAAAUGCACCAGAUGUUUCUGCAUGCGAAGUUGAGAUGUCUGAAGCGAAGCAAACAACAGAUGUAUCACCUACAACUUCUGAGGAGCACAAUUAGUAUCUCAUUGGAUAUAUCAUUAAUUAUCAGAAACCUUCAUGUUUUUCUCAAUUCCACCUUAGAACCAUUUCAAUGCAAGAAAAGUGCCCCAUCUAAGAGCAACUGCCAAGUGUGCCUUCCUGUUCCUGGCAUGUGUAUUUGAAGGCAAUGUAAAGAAACUAAAACAGAAUAUCUGAACAUUCUGAUUUGUGAUAAUAAAAAACUGGAAGUCAAGCAAAAUUACAGAUGAAAAUGAGAAAUGAAACUGAUUGUUGAAAUUGGAAAUGCAUGGACAUCAAGAAAAGGAGCAAAUAUUUCAAAUACUGACGUGUCACUUGAUCGCUUUUGCUGUACCUAUGUUACUGGAAUUGAUUAUCUGGUAUUAAUCUGCUACUAAAUCAAGCUGUUUGUUAUUAAAUCAAUUGAGCAAGUUCAUACAGAAAUUUGAUUAAAAAGCACCACUGCCAUUCAUUUAUCUUAACUUCACCAUAAAACCUAUUUAAUGCAACUGAGCAAUGCCCACAUAAGAGCAGUUCUUAAGCGUGCAUGUGUCUCUGGCACGAGUAUGCAAGGCAAUGUGGGAAAUAUAGUUGAAAGAUGGCGAAUGAAAUAGAAAUGUAUGUAAUUUGCAAUGGAAGAUAUUCGAGAAUGGGAAGCAAGUUUGCUCGUGUCCCUAGCAUGAGUAUCUAAGGCAAUGUAGGGAAUAUAGUUGGAAAAUGGAAAGUGAAACAGGAUAUCUGAGAUUUUCAAGGCAAAAAAAAAGGCAGCUCGGUGCACUAAGCUCCCGCUAUGUGCGGGGUCGGGGAAAGGGCUGGACCACAUUGGGUCUGGUAGCCUUACCUUGCGUUUUUGCAAGAGGCUCUUUCCACGGUUUGAACUCGUGGCCUCCUAGUCACACUGCGGCAGCUUUUACCAUUGUGUCAAAGCUCCCCUUCAAAAACGGGAGGAUAUUCAAAAAUUGGAAGUAAGUGAGCUCGUGUCCCUGGCAUGAGUAUUUAAGGCAAUGUUGGCUAUAUAGUGGAAAAUGGAAAAUAUAUGUGUGAAACAUGUGAUUGAAAUAUUCAAAAUUGGAAGCUGCUAGCAAAAUUUAGAUAUAAUGAUGAAAAAAAGUCUAGUUGUCCUAAUUUAAAAAUCUAUGGACACCGUGAAAGAUGAGAAGAUAUUUUUACAAUGUGAUUUCUUACAUAAAUGUUUUUACUAUGUCGCUGAUUCUGACCAAUUGCCUGAUUCCAUUUGGUUUUGGAUUGCCAAGAUUUUCUUCUCCUUCAACCUGUUAGGUUAGAUGAUAUUUCUUCAUACAAAUUGACACAAAUAUCAGUUGGAAUAGGGGAAGUGUUUCACAGUGACCUUUAAAUUAUAGUGGACAUGUGAAAGGUGGCUGAAGCAGUGUCAUGUGUAUCUAUUGUACUGCGACAUCUCCAUUCUCAAAUUGCCAUGUAAAAGAGUGCGAGAUUGAAGAAACCACUGGCCCGAUAUGCCACGAGGAGGGCAGAAUCCGAUGUACAUUAAGAUUGGUACAAAGGAUGUGAAAAUUUGCCAUGGAUGGGGUUGGUUUGUUGUUUAUGAGCCCUUUUUGCUUAACUGAUUAAAAUUAAGGGAUAAGCACAAUUUCUAAAGUUGGAUUUUGUAAAUAAGUUUUUACGUGUUUGGAUAGAAAGUGCUAAAACUGAUAGAGAGUUAUUGAUGUGUUUGUAAAAAUGUGGAUAAGCACUUUUACAUUAAGAUGACCGAAAUGCCCUUAAAGUUGUCAAAAAUAUGAAUUUAAAAGUAUAUUUACAUGGAGAAAGGCAAACGACAUACAUGGAAUGGAGAGCGAGUUAGGUGUUCUGUUCUGGAAGGGCAUUUCGGGAAUUACAAAAGUAUUAGGGAUAAAAUAAUACUAAAACUUUUGGUUUCUCAGAAAAAUAGUAAAACUUUUGUAAAAAUGAUUUUGUCUUAUAAACACUUGGUUAUAACUUAUAAGCACAUUUGGUAUCCACCAAAUGCGUAAAUAAGCAGAAAGUACUGAUGAACUAGUUUGACCAGCUUAUAAGCUCACCCAAACACCCUGGACAUACAUGGCCUUUUGCUGUUACCAACAGUUCCUCUUUUGUCACUGAAGUUGGUAUUUAUAAGGGAGACAACUAAAUGCUCAAUGUUGAGGUAGACACAUAUUCAUUGAAACCUAUAAUAGAUAAUUAUGUUAUGUUAUCCAUCAAAAAUAAAUAGAUAACUAUUAAUUCUUGAUCUUUUCAUUGUUCGAAAUAGUAUCAAUAAGAUGGUUGUAAUACCUUUACAAGAAAAAAAAUCAAUGGUUCUCUAUAAAAUCCUCCUGAUAUACUGGUGGCAUGUGCUCGUAAUGAUAUGUAUAUUAGGGUCUUGAGCACAGAAGAUCUAAGUUCCGGAUUAUCUAUGCACUAGUUCGGAGUUAAUCAUUUCGUAACUCUGGUGGCGAGUAAGGGAAACGGCCACUUUAUUAAACCUGAUCAUGCUGCUAUCAGCAUGAGAUCUGUGGGGAAAGCCAGCUUGUUUUACCUGAAUAUGUGUGAGAAUGAGAGAAAGACGGUUGAGGGAAAUUGAGGCUAGUACAAGAAGAUGCAUGUCAUUUUGCUGAAGUGAGUAUUUAAUCAAAUGGUAAAACAUGAAUCUCCUCCUUGACUCUAUUCCUGAUAAUAUGGCAAGAAGACAUUGUACUCGGAAGUGGAAUAUAGCAGCUCGAAUAAUCCUGUCCUAUUCUUGGAGCAAGAGGACACUCAGAACUGAGCAACAUGCUGCUUGUAUAAUCUACUGCUAAUUUUUUGAAGACAAUCUUCUCCCUUUCCAGCCACACUAGAGCAUAUCAAAUGGACAUUAGAAGAUUCUAAGCCGCUGAUGAGCUUAGUAUAUUAAGAACCAUCAAAUGAGAAGUUGAUUGAUCUAAUUCGUAUUUGCUUAUAUAUACAAAUGCACCUCUAUCCUCAAACUCGCCUAAACUAUACGAUCUUUGUCAGUUCUUUACCUAAACUAUCGACUGUCCCCAAAACCCCCUUGAACUAUAUCCCCCUUCAUAAUAAAAACCUCCCGUCACUUAUGUGGCAUAUUGUGUGAAAUAAGUCGCCUAAGAGCGCGUGAAGGGUAACAAUAACCAGUAAAAUGGGCCCCAGCUGACAAAAAGUAACAGCUAAUUAGCCCCCGUUUUUAAAAACUUAUAUUUUCUCCUCUUUUUCUUUAUAUUACACCUUUCUCCAUUUCUUCACCUUUCUUCUCCAUUUUUUCACCUUCUCCAUUU